AUGAUAUCUACGGAUAGUGCGGUCGACGGAUGCGAUCUGGCCAAUAUGGAGCGCCUGUACUUCGCACGCGCUUACAAACUAUCCUCACCCACAGUGUGCGCUGUUCCCUUCUCGGCCGCCAAAAUUUCGUCUCCGUGGAACUCCGCUCCGCCCCCGACGGGCCCCGCCGCGGGUGGUGCCGCCGUGCCGCCCCCACCCGAAGCCAACGGCUCGGAGGACAGCAACAGCAAAGACAGCACGGGCAAGGUGGACGUGUCCAACAAUGACGCCGAAGGAGUUUGGAGUCCCGACAUCGAACAGAGCUUUCAGGAGGCGCUGGCCAUCUACCCGCCUUGCGGCAGGAGGAAGAUCAUCCUGUCCGACGAGGGAAAGAUGUACGGUCGUAACGAGUUGAUAGCACGGUACAUAAAGCUGAGAACGGGCAAAACACGGACUCGGAAGCAAGUGUCUAGUCACAUUCAGGUCCUUGCCCGUCGAAAAUCUAGAGAGAUACAAGCCAAAUUAAAGGCAAGUGAAACUAAAGACCAGGCAGCGAAGGAGGCAGCUCUCCAGUCCAUGUCCUCCAUGUCGUCCGCUCAGAUCGUCUCUUUGUUUUGCUCCCAGGACCAAGCAGCGAAGGAGAAGGCACUGCACUCCCUCACGUCCCUGACGUCCGCUCAGAUAGUUUCGGCAUCUACCAUACAGAACAAAGCUGCUACAGCAGGACUGGCAACUUUAGUUCCCCCUGUCAGCUAUCCUGGGGGACCGUUCUGGCAAUCAACUAUUGCACAACCUGGAACCUCUGAAGAUAUUAAGCCGUUUGCUGGUCAACCAUAUGCCAUUCCACCGAAACCUCCCGUCACUGCCUCCAUGACUGGUGUUGAUCUCCUCAAUCAUCCUCCUUCUCAGACUUGGGACAAUAAAUCCAUUGCGACGCAAAAACUCCGUCUCGUAGAAUUUUCCGCUUUUAUGGAACAGCAGAGGGAUCCAGACAAUUAUCAUAAACAUCUGUUUGUCCACAUAGGAGGUUUAUCUGUUUUUACAGACCCACCCUUGGAAGCAGUAGACAUUAGGCAAAUUUAUGAUAAGUUUCCUGAAAAGAAAGGUGGGCUUAAAGAAUUGUAUGAUAAAGGACCACAAAAUGCCUUCUUUUUGGUGAAAUUUUGGGCUGACCUAAACACAAACAUUCAAGAUGAAACAGGUGCAUUUUACGGCGUCACGAGCCAAUAUGAAAGUAAUGAUAAUAUGACCAUUACAUGUUCAACAAAAGUGUGUUCAUUUGGUAAACAAGUUGUAGAAAAAGUAGAAACGGAAUACGCACGUUUUGAAAAUGCUAGAUUUGUGUACAGGAUUCACAGAUCACCUAUGUGCGAAUACAUGAUCAAUUUCAUUCACAAAUUAAAACAUUUACCAGAAAAAUACAUGAUGAAUAGCGUUCUUGAAAAUUUUACUAUCCUUCAGGUGGUGACCAAUAGGGAAACUCAAGAAACAUUGUUAUGUAUUGCUUAUGUGUUUGAAGUGUCAACCAGUGAGCAUGGUGCUCAACAUCACAUAUACAGACUUGUUAAAGACUAAAUUGUUCAGUGUUUAGAUGCCAUCACAUUUAUCACCCAUCAACAGACAUAUCUCCUUCAGUGCCUACAUCACAAUCAGUUGGCUUUUGCCUUGUAUAUAAUUGCUGUUUUGACCCAUGUGAUUGGUUGUUAGGUGCCACACACUGAGUUUCUCGCGAAAAUGUUUUAGACAAAUGGCUUUAUUUUUACAAUGCCACACACAGGAGACAACUGUCCAUCCGCGGAGACAGAUCUUGUUCUGUUCGGUAGAACGGAGCAUUCAAUUUAAAGAAGACAGUCGUGAGAGCUAUGACUUCGCAAAGUAUGCAACAUCAGAUCAAAGAUGGAAAAUGACCUGUCCUUAUGAAGGAAUGAAAGAGUGCAUAACCAUUUCCUACCAAUGACCAGUGUUAGUGUUUUAUUACUGUCUCUGCGAGACCAAACCUUGUGCUUUCUAUAUUACAUGGGGAAGGCAGCUCACUUUUAUCGUGUAUGUUUUUUUGGUAAAUUUGUUUCCUUUUAUAAUUAUGUUCUGUAUCGUUUUCCGAAUGGUCGUCAACAAGAUAGAGAAACAUGCAUAAUACACCAUGGUAGUACAUUAAAAGCCAUCCGUCACAAAAAGAAUAUAUUUUAUCGAAGAGGCCCUCCUUUUUCAUUUGCUUUUUUUGCUCGAGCAUGAAAGAAUCAGAGAUGUAAACUUUCACUAAAUCAAUUCUGAUGGGUAACUGAAUUUAAUAUUACUGAAAUACAAAUCAAACAAGAAAUAUAAUCUUGCAGGGUUGAACUAAAUAUUGUGAUCUAAUCAAUCACAAAUAAAAUAAAUUAUUUAAGAGAAAAUUUUAGAAACACAUUUUCCAUAUAUUUUUUGCUUUAAGCAUUAUUAUUGUGUAAUAUUUUUAUUUUAUUGCCAAUUAGUAAUUUAACACAUCUUAGAUUAUUGCAAUUUGAUUGAAUAAUGGCACACUUAAAUACUUAACUUUGUUGCAAAUUUGAUCAUUUACUAAAAUUAUAGUUAGUAUUAUCUUGAUGGUUACAUGUACUAGUUAGUAUAUCCGUAUUGUUUCAGCUUUGGCCAAAGAUUACAAUUUUAUUUAUGGGAUCGUAAAUAAUGACAAAUGCAAUUUUGCUUUUUAAGGGGAAAAUUAAAAUAUAAAGUGCCAUAGAUGUGCCGUUCAAUGAUACUUUCAUUUUCCCUCUGGAAACAGUGCCAUUUUUAAAUGUCGGCUAGUACAUGUGAUCAUUGUGUCAAAUUUAUAGAUUCGAGUUACAAAAUCUCAGGCCUAGCUUCGUCGACAGUUGCGAUCAAACGAGACGUCUCCGUGGACGUCGUUCUAAAAGCAGACUCACUUAUAAAUAACUCAACCAAUGGAUUCUUAGAAUAAAAUUGUGUUCUGUUUCUGCCAGGUUUCGUGAUUAAGAAAAAUGUAAAGAAUUGUUUUAACAGGGUUCUUUGUAGUACUUUAAAUAAGUGUUUUAUCACUUAUUAGAGAGGGGAUUAGUUUUGUCUUUUUCUGUUAUGUGACAAUAUUGCCUGAAGUAGAUCUCAUUUAUUUGCUUCACCACGACAUGGGCAAUGCUCACAAGAGAUUUUUGUGUACAGAUUAAUUUAAUUGGCAGCUUUGUAUUGGAAGUUUGGUUCACGUCCAUUGUCAUGUUUAUUAUUUGCUUAGUGGAAGCCUUCCCAUCCUACUGGUAGUGUAAGGAAAGUGAAUAAACAGUUUGAACAAAUAAAUGUUGUUUUUU